AUGCUCAAACGAUCUGCGACCAUUUUCAUCUCCACAUCUUCUUGUAAGAUGCCACCGAAAAUUUCUACUGUUGUUGUGGGUUCGGGAUUAGCAAAAUUAUCUUUGCAUAAUAACAACAAUAAUUUGUUGAUGAAGAAAUCUUUGCCAGAUUUUAGAAAUUUUAAAAUUGUAAAUAAUCAUGAUGAUGAAUUUGAAAAGAAACAUGGGAAUAUUAAUUAUAGAGGAUCUUCGGAAGGGUUAUUGAUGAAUUUUGGAAGGGUUAUUAAGAGAGAAUGGAGUAGGGGAGUGUUGAUGAGGGAAAAGGAAGCUUCAUCUUUGCAAACCAAUUCCGAUUCGACUUGUUCUUCAUCAGACAAUAAGGAAAAUUCAAAUAUGAAAAAGGAUGAACAAAUUACAAAACCAAAUCCAGUGUUUAAUACUUGGGAUUUUGUAAAAUUAUUUGGAGUUUCUAUUGUGGGAGGAACUUUUGGUGGAAUGGUUGGUUUGGGUGGAAAUAUCAUUUUAAUUCCAUUAAUUACUCAAUUAUUUCCACAUUUAUUGAGCGCCAAGCAGAUUGUAGCCACCUGUCUAGUGACUGUUGUGACUGCUGGCUUUGUGGGAGCUGGUACAUUGUAUUUUGUUGGUGAUAAUUCUGUAGAUAUUGUAACAUCAAUUUUGAUUGCAACUUUUGCUGCCUUUACUGCAAGAUUUGGAGUCAAAUUAUCGAGCUCGAUUCAGGAUAGGACUUUAAAAUUAAUUCUUGCCUGUUUCAUGUUGUUUGUGGCUCCACUUGUUUCAUUGCUUCAUUCUGACGAUGAGAAGGAGAAACCAGUGAGUGAUAGCACAAAGGAACAAUCUGAAACAAAUCAGAAAUUGAAAUUACCAUCCAUUCAAGAAGCAGGAGCUCUCUUUGUUUUGGGUUCAAUCAUUGGUGUGAUGAGUGGCUUACUUGGAGUUGGUGGUGGAAUUCUAAUUGUUCCAGCGUUGAGUUUUUUAUGGAGUGACAAGUCACCAAUCAAAAAGGAACACACAUCAACAAAACUAGUCAUUGGUACUUCACUUGCUGCCAUGACCAUCCCUUCUUCAGUAGCUCUCUAUUCACAUUGGAGAGUUGGAAAUGUCAUUCUCAAACUAGCUCCAAUUUUAAUGACAGGAAGUGCAGUAGGAGCUUACAGUGGAGGUUUCCUUGCCAGCAACAUGGACGAACAAGUUUUAAAGCAUACCUUCUCCCUUACUAUGCUCCUUCUCGGUAUCAGACAAUUCUGGAAAGCUCUCUAA